CGGCGCUAAAGACACAGCGUGACGACGUCCAACACGUCAAGAAAACCACGUGAUUCCGGAAGGACCCGCUUCAAACGCGAUGAGGUGUCUUCAGUAAUGCAUAGAUGCAUAUACUGUGGACGUCUCUUGGGCGGGAAGCUAACAGUUACCAUGGUAACGAUUCUGCGGCAUAAACAUGCUAUUCAUUCGAGAUCGCUGUGUAGUUACAACACAUCUUACCUGAGGAUAAAUUUUAGUCAUGGAGCAGUGUCCAGGAGGCUUUUCCUCUGCAUCAUCUAUUGAAGCUUUGUGUACCUUACUUAGCAAUGCCGAAGAGGAGGAGGAAAAGGAAAGACUUUACUCAUCAUUAGUGGUUAAUCCAGGAGAUAUUGGACCUCUAAAUCCAGAAAAAAAAGCAUUACAAAAAGACCUAAGCAGUAAGGAGAUAUGGGACAUUUUGGAAGUACCUGAGGGGUCAGAAUUUGAUGACACUUCAGAUCAGAGAGAACAGCCUAAAUAUGAGAUACUUUUUAAGCAGAAAGUUGGAAGUGAAGAUAUCUUUUUGGGCAUGAGUCGAAAAGACCCAUCAACAGUCUGCUGUGAGGAUUUGGUGGUUAAAAUUCAACUCCCUAAUACAAAAGCCUCUGAUAUAUCACUUGACAUAAGGAGAAAAUUCUUAGACCUCCGAACUCCAAAAUACAAACUGGGAUUACACCUUCCUCAUCCAGUAAAUGAAAAAACUGGAAAAGCACAGUUCAAAGUAGACACAGAAACUCUGGAAUUAACUCUCACUAUGGUCAGAGACUUCGACUUUAUCAACUUCUCAUGACACUUCAUGAAUCUAUUGUUUUCCUACCAGAAUUUGUCAGUGUUUUAAAGUUUUGAAUUCUAAUGUAUGUAAUGUAUGUAUUUGAAAAUCAAAUAAAUAUA